AUGGCAACGAAAUACAUGCACACGGCUCUGGAGGAGGUCGGGCUCGUUUCAUUAUGGAUCUCGAACCACAACACCAAGCUGCUAUGUGUCCAGCGAUUCGUCCGUCUAUUCGCAUACGGUGGUUCGACGCUCGUACUGGUAGACUAUCUCCAAGCUUUGGGUAUCUCGAGGCCGCGGAUUGGGCUGUUCAUGACCCUCACGCUGAUUGGGGAUGUGGGAAUAAGCUUUGUCUUGACGAUGUUUGCAGAUGGGCUCGGAAGGAAAGCUAUACUCGCUGCAGGCGCAGCUUUGAUGGCAGCUAGUGGAGUGGUGUUCGCUCUUUCGGGGAACUAUUGGGUUUUACUACUAGCUGCCAUCUUUGGAGUUAUCAGUCCAAGUGGUAAUGAGAUUGGUCCAUUUCGAGCAAUCGAGGAGUCGACCUUGGCGCACCUUACUCCAGCUGCUAAUCGCGGGGAUAUCUACGCUUGGUACUCCCUUAUAGGAACUGCGGGGACGGCACUUGGGAUGGCGUCUUCAGGAUUGUCGAUUACUUAUAUGACGAGAACAAAAGGUUGGGAUAUCAUCAAGACCUACAGAACCCUGUUCUAUGCUUAUGCAAUUUUGGGAAUAAUCAAAUUUUGCCUGGCCUUGUCUUUGGGAAAGGUGAUUGAAGCCACCAAAGAACCCAAUAACCGGAUACAGGACUCAGAAACUGCACCUCUAUUAGGGGAUGGAGCCGAAGAUGUGGCACCUAAGAAGAGCUACAUUCGCUCCAAAUUACCCGCUGUGAGCAAAGAAAGUCGGGCGAUUGUGGUCAAUUUAUGCAUACUUUUUGCAUUAGAUUCGUUUGCUUCAGGAUUAGCGCCAUUGUCUUGGGUUACAUUCUUCUUCAAAGACAAAUUCGGUCUGGAAGGCGGCAAACUUGGCUCACUAUUCUUCGUGACGAGUAUCAUAGCCGCCAUCUCUAUGCUUCUUGCCUCCUCGAUUGCAAAGAGAAUUGGUAAUAUUAAGACUAUGGUGUUCACACAUCUUCCAGGAGCAAUCCUGCUGGCCUUGAUUCCUAUCCCAUCAUCUCUGACUGUUGCUAUGACGUUCAUCAUCUUACGCUCAUGUAUUCAGUCCAUGGAUAUUGCUCCGCGUUCUGCAUUUCUUGCCGCAGUAGUUCUGCCUCAUGAAAGGACAGCUGUAAUGGGUGUGAUAAAUGUCGUCAAAACUGCUUCUCAGAGUCUCGGUCCCCUCAUUACUGGUAUUCUGGCUGGGCAUCAGCUUUUCUGGGUCGCAUUUGUCGCAGCAGGAACAUGCAAAGUCAUCUAUGACCUUGGAAUGUUAGCUGUUUUUGUGAACCAUAAGACUCACGAUGAUACGGCGGAGGAAAGAAGGCGAAAUGAGGAUAAUUCGGAGUUGGCACAAAAUCCAGGCACAUAG